UCACAGGCUGCAUGCACAAAGAGGCAGGAAUCAGAGCUAUGAAAACACCAUAAGACCUUCUUUUUGUAAAGGCGUCUCCAACUCUAUAUUUUAAUUUCUUUGUGGUUGUCAGGUUGUGAGAGUCGUUGUUGAAUUUGAAUUUCUGACAGUUAAAACCUUUUCUAUUGUUUACAAGUUGAUUAGUGUAUUUUAAAAUGUGUAUAUUGUGAAAAUCCGGAUUUAUUUUUAAAAGCUUGUGAAAAAAGAAAGAUAUUUGCACUCGUAAUAUUGAUCUGUAAAUUGGCGGGAUACAUUAUACCAUCUCUUGUAUGUAUCUACAUGCACUGUUAUUCUAUUGCCAUGAAAGCAUGAAAGUUUGGUUUAAAGUUUAUUUAUAAUGACUGAUUUGGGACUAAUAAAUACGUGCAACUGAAAGCACGUUAUUCUCAUAAAAUGGAAAAAAUGACAAUGUAAUAUAAUAUAAUUCUUGUAUUACGACUAUAAAUUUAUAAAAAAAAAAUCUAAUUUGGAAACAAAACAAUGAUCCCAAUAAAACCUCUUGAAAAUGGAUCCAGACGAUCUUCGAUUCUCAAAAUCCCAAAACAGCGUCAACCAUUUCAGUCAAUUGUCGAGAAACCAAGUCUUCCUGAAGAAACGACAACAAACAAUAUCAAAAGGCGCGUCAGUUUCGCAGAAAAGAAGCGUGUAAAAGAAUUUUGCGACUCUUUCGAUCAAGGAAUAGGGUGGGACAAUACUUAUGAGGAAAGUGAUUCAAGCAAUCAGAGGCAUCUUCGUUCUUUUAGCACAGAUCAGGUCACAAUCACGGAAUCACAAUCCAUUCAUCAGUCUUCAGUCCUAUCAUUAGAUAAAGAGAAUCAAGUCGUCAAUUUUUGCACAUUUGAAGAAAAACACUGUGAAGUAAAUUUCGAUUCAACUGCGAAGUGUUCUCAAAGUUCGUUAGACGAUAAAUCCCAAAAUGAAGUUUCAAUAAUAAGUUUGAUAAGUGCAAUGCAAGCAAAUAAGGAUAAUUUAAUUAACGCUAACGCCAGUGCAAUGCAACAAGAAAUUAGAAAUGUUAGUUCUUCGCAAAUUGUCUUUCAAGAAACGAUUUGCGACAAUGAAACAAUGACCUUUACGAAAGCUUUGCCAAGCGUUUCACAGAAUGAUAAAGAAAAUAUCUACGUUCACUCUCAGGAAUCGAAUAAAAUUCAAGAUUUGUCGAUGGAAUUCACUGAAGCGGUUCCGAAUUGUAUUCUUGUAAAUCAGGCGGACAGUGAAGAGAGUAGUAUGGACCUGACAUUGGCGGUUGAUGGAAAUAACGAAACGCUUUUAAACGACAUGUCGAUGGAGAUGACAACAGCGAUUCCUUUAAAACCAUUGAGAUUUUUAGAUGUGUCCAUGGAAAUUACUUCAGCAAUUCCUUGCAUGCCAAUUGUCGAAGAAAAUCGUUUGCUGAAGCUCGCGCCUGGCGAGGAUGAUAAUUGUUCAAAGAGUGUUCAACAAACGGCUCCGAAUAAAACUCUGUCUCAAGAUUUGUCCAUGGAAUUUACUAACGUGGUGCCUAGAAGUCUUGGGGAACUUUAUUCCGAGAAAGGACCACCGAAUAAAACUCUGUCUCAAAAUAUGUCCAUGGAAUUUACUGAGGCGGUUCCUAGAAGUCUUGGCAAUUAUAAUUCCGGAAGUAAAACUCUCUCUCAAAACGAAUCUAUGGAAUUUACCAACGUCGUUGCCCAUUGUUCCAGAAAUGUUCAACCGAUUGUGGCUAAUAAAACUCUGUCUCAAAAUGUGUCCAUGGAAUUUACUGAGGCGGUUCCUAGAAUUCAUGGCCAUCAUUUUUCUGGAAAUGGACCGCAGAAUAAAACUUUGUCUCAAAAUGUGUCCAUGGAAUUCACUGGAGUUGUUCCAAAAACCAUUGACCAUUGCUCGAUAAAUUUUCAAUCGGUAGUUCCAAAUAAAACCCUUUGCUCUCAAAACGAAUCCAUGGAAUUCACUAAUGUCAUUCUGCAGAAAAAUGAAAAUAAUCCUUCGGUAUCUGAACCUAAUCCAAAAAAUUAUCAAGUUCAUGUGAGUUUACCGAUAACGUCAAAACAACCGAAUGUUCCAAAUUUACCCCAAGUGGAACUAAAUAACAGCAACUCUAUGGAAACUAUCGCUGCACCAAUAAACGAUUCUCCCGGCAAGUUAAAAUCAACUGAUCCUAAUCAACUUUCAGAAAAUGAAAAUAGUUUCGACGCCAUCGAGGAGACGGGUUUACUAACGAGCAAACGAAGAAGAUUAUCGAAUUUGAAUCCAAUCGAGUGUACAUUAAAUUUAAGGAGUGAAUCUAUUUUGAAAAAUGGUAGUCAACAGAAUUUUGGACAAACGCUUCGACAAAGUGAAAAUAAUGUAAAUCCAGAAAUAACGGAACCUAUAUUUCAUCACGAUAAUUCAAUGACAGUGAAUAUGACUUCGAAUAUUCUUCAAAUUAAUGAUGAGGAAAUUAGGAAUUUUCAAGAAGAAACAUUCAAUAUCAAGGAGAGAGUUUCUCAAGUUUGUGUUCCUGCUGUAAAUUCCGAUUCCUUUUUAAAUGCAUCAGAAACCGAAAUUCUAGAAAAGCUUAAAGAGGAUAAAACAAUUUCUCAAGUUUGUGUUCGUGAUGUAAUCUCCGAUUCAUUUUUAAAUACAUCAGAAAUCAAAAUUCUCGAACAACAAAAAGAGGAUAAAGGAAUUUCUCAAGUUUCCAUUCUUGUUGUAAGUUCCGACUCUUUUUCAAAUUCGUCAGAUAUCGAAGCUCUUGAAAAGCGUCAGGAUGAAAGAAUUUCUCAAAUUUCUAUUCCUGCUUUAGAUUCCGAUUCGUUUUUAAAUGCGUCCGAAACCGAAGCUCUUGAAAAGCGCCAGGAGGAUAAAAAAAGAAGUUCUCAAGUUUGCUCUCCUGAUUUAAAUUCCGAUUCCUGGGAAUCAGAAACCGAAAGAAUGAAAAAGCGAAAAAAGAAUGAAUUUCAAGAUGCUUCGAAAAGUAUUUCUCAAGUUUGUGUCCCAGCCUUAAAUUCCGAAUCCAUCUUAAAUGCGUCAGAAACCGAAGCAGAAAAGCGUAAAGAAGAUACAGCAGAAAGUGAAAAUACCCAACCGACGAUUUCACCAAAUCCGGAGAAUUCAAACAAAACAAUUCCGAUUCAUGGUAACCGAAAAGAAUUAAGAAUCGAAAACGAAUUAUUAGAACACGAAGAACCACCUUCAUUCAUGUACUUCGAUAUGACUAAUCAAAUUGAAAAUUCCGGGCAAGAAGUUCAGGGUAACGUUGAAUUGGACCCAUCGAAAAGUGCAUUGAACACAAAAAGAAAAGCACCCGACGACAAUGUGCCGAAAACUACAACAAAUGAUGCGAAACGAUCGGAGCAAAUCAUUGAAUUGAUAAAGUGCAGAAGAACAUUUGUUAUCAAUAAUAGUAAGGACAAUCAAUCGCAAAGUUUUGAGAGAAAUAUUCAAAAAAUGAACAACUGCAGAAGAACAUUUGUUCUGAGUACAGAAGGUGGGAGUCAAUGUGAAAGUUUAGUACGAGUAAUGGAAGAUGCAAGGGAACUUAUAUCGAAAGCAGAGACUGUAUCCGUUAAAAUGAAUACAAUAAAUCAGAAAAUUGAGUCAGUGUUUAAAACAUUGAAGAAAAUAAGGAUACCAGAAAAAAAUGUAUAUCAUAGAAAUACACAAAUUGGAAAUGAAAAUUCAAAAAGUAUUCAAAGUGGCGAAGGAAAUUCUGUACAAGAUGUAGUUAAGGAAAGUGGUAAUGAUGUUAUUCGAAUUACUGAUCCUUCCGAUUUCGAUGAACCUUUCUAUACAUUUAUGGAAAACAUCAGGACUUAUAGCAAGAGGAAUGAUUGUAUAUGGAAUUUACGAUCUUUAAAUAAAGAAAUGUUGACUGUUAAUUACAUUUCAAAAUCUUUUGUGGUUGUUAUCAAAUUAAAUCAACCAAGCAAUAAUACGUUUCAAGAUAUCCGAAGUAUUCAAAUCGAUUCUUUAAUUUCAGAUACAUCGAAUGAUUUAUUGCAAAUGGUUCAUGACUUAAUAAUAAAAAAAUUACGUCCAGAUGUCUUACUGGAGUCACAUAAACUGUAUAAUGAUGUCAUUCCAUUGUUAGAGGAAAUUGCAAAGGAAGUAAAGUUGGCUCUGGAUUUCAUGUCCGAAUUAGAGAAACUAAAAAAUUUUCAUUUAAUGGAGGUUAAUGUUAAACGAAUAUCAUUUUUGACACGGACUAAAAGAAUGAUAAUAAUAUUAAAAGUGUCAUUAAAUAUAAAACCAUUUGAUGAAAUCGAUGUAGAUGAUGUUGAAGUUGAUUGCCUUCUGGGUAAUAUAAAUGAAAGUGUAGUAAAGCAAUUAAUAGUAAAUGUAAAAAAGGAUCACAAAUUUUUAAGAAGAUUUAUUAAUGAUGUAAAGGAUUAUGUGGAAAUAAUAGAGGAAUUUGAAGAAAAAUAAAAAUUCGACAUUAGUGUAAACUAAAUUAGAAAGAUGAAAAAACAAUUACUUUAAAUUAGUAAAAAAUUUAUACAUAAGUGUACCUUAUGCGACUCAGACAAGUAAUAUUUUUUGUACAAUUAAUAGAGUGUCAGUAAAAUAAAGUAAUGUUUCAAGUA